GAGCCUCGCCCCCUUGCGUCACGCCAAUAUACUUUUUCAUGAGGUAUGCAAUGGUAGCGUAUCAGUCGCGAGCAUCAGCUGAUGAUUGAACACUGAACAGUUUGAACUGGCUUUUCUUUCUUGGUAAUCGGUAUCUUGCUUUCUACUACCUGCACUCACCUGAAAUAAGACAUAACACCCACUGGUUGCAUACUUCUCUUUGGUAUAUAUUUUUUUCGGAAGUCAUUUAUUUGACAGGACGCGCUCCGGGAAGGAUGGCUGCCAUCAAGGCGCUUCAACAGUGGUGCAAACUUCAGUGCAAUGGGUACCGAGAUGUGGCUAUCAUCAACAUGACAACUUCUUUUAGGGACGGGUUGGCGUUCUGUGCGCUUAUCCAUAAAUACAGACCGGACCUAAUAGACUACGACUCCUUGAAUAAAGAGGAUAUUUUUGACAACAACAACUUGGCUUUCCGGGUUGCAGAGGACAAGCUGGGGAUCGCUGCUCUGCUGGAUGCAGAGGACAUGGUGGCCCUGAGGAUCCCAGACCGACUGAGCGUCCUCACCUACAUCUCCCAGUACUACAACUACUUCCACGGGCGCAACCCUAUUGGAGGGGUGGGUGCUGUGAAAAGACCAGCAGAGGGCUCCAAGGAGGAGCCACGUGGAAAGAAGAACCUCCCGGUGGUGGCCAAAACCAUGGUGUAUAAAAUGGUCAUAGAGAAUUGUCCACCUCCUUCCUCUCUCAUGGUGAAAACCUCCCCCAAAGCAACCAGAGCUGCUGUUCAGAAGACAGAUGUAUUGGUGGAGAGCUCCAAUAAGACGGGCACUCUCAGCAGUAAAUGUGUUGUGUGCAAAUGCCACGUUCAUCUGGUCCAACGGCACUUCAUCGAUGGGAAGCUUUACCACAGGAGCUGCUUCAAGUGCAGUGAAUGCUCCAACGUCCUCCUGGCUGGGGCCUAUAAACCAGGGAAGGAGCCAGGUUGCUUCAUCUGUAAUGACCACCAGAACACCAAGAAUGACUACAACAAGCCUCCCUCUGGGGUUGUCAUCCAGACCGGAUGCCCAAGUGCCAACGUUGAAUUCAAAAGUGACACCAGCAGAGUCCAGUCUGUGUCCCGCCCCACCUCUGUGCCUUUGACUCCCAUCAAGGGUGUCUUGAAGCCCGUGGAGACCACCACCCCAGCUCCCCAACCAUGGACCAGCUCGGCCCAGAGAACCCAGGCAGCACGGCAGAGGUUCUUCCAGUCAUCUUCCUCCACCCCAGAGGCCCCCUCCAGCAGCCAGAAGCCCUCGGUACUGCCGAGGGUGCCCCUGAGUCCUGAGGAAGAGAAGAACCGAGCCAGGGCCGUCAUUACCAAGAAACUAGUUGAGGCGAACUGCAACAACAAUAACACCAGAUACUUUGUUAUCCGACCAGCAGAAAGGAGGUUUGGAGAUAUGGUAAACUCAGAUGACCUCCCCAGCUGGAAUCAGGCUGAAUGUGGGCCAGGCACAGCAGGACAACUCUUCACCAGCAAUAAGGAAUUGCUUAACACUGUCAACAAAGCCAGCGCCAGACCAACAACCGUAUCCUCCACCAUCAAAGUAAAUGCAGACCGUGCAGAGGCUCCUGUUAACUGGCGAUCAAAGCUCAAGCCUGUUAAAAAUGGACCAGGACUGAAGACCUCUGACUCUGAGAACCAAGCGAUCAUUGUUGAGCAACCCAAACCUGAAGCCAUCUUGAAGUCCUUUGCUACUAGUAUCGUCGUCAACAUCCACUCUACCUCUCCUCCGAUUCCCCCACCUGCCUUCAACCCUCCUCCACCUGGCCCGGUGUCUCACAGAGCUCCGUCUCCCAAGCAGCCCCAUUGCGGCUCUGGAGGCUUGGGUACUAAAGAUGGUAAUUAUUCUACUCCUCUGUUGUCCACUCCUCCCCUGGUUCCUGUCUGGCACAGGGUUCCCACUCCAAAUAAGCCUCACCACAGCUUUGCAGGAUUGGGCUCAACGGAUGGCAAUUCUCCCCCUAUAUCUCCUAAACCGCUUCGCCAGAGCUCCACAGGCUCCAAAAAUGGAAAGUAUUUGUCACCCACAAACACCUCCCAGUCUGAAAUGAGGUCACCCUCGUCCCAUCACAUCCCCAUGGACCAGAUAGUGAAGGAGCUGUGUGAGAUUGGAGACAUCCUGGGUGACUUGGAGAGGAAGGGAGUGGAGAUGGAGAAGAGGCUUCGCAGCUGUGAGGAAGAGGGCAGGGGGGACAUUUUGAUGGACCCUCUGAUGGUUGACUGGUUCAACCUGAUCCAAAAGAAGCAGACAUGCAUUAGGAGGGAGUCAGAGCUUGUGUACAUAGCUAAGACUCAAGACCUGGAGGAGCAGCAGCCUGGGGUGGAGGGUGAGCUGCGCAGACUGUUGGAGAAACCAGAUCAUCUGAAGUCGACAGAGGAGCGUCGGCGAGAGAGCAGUCUGAUGGAGAGGCUGAUGGAGAUUGUGAACUGUAGAAACGCCAUUGUAGAAGGACUGGAUGAAGACAGGCUCAGGGAAGAUGAAGAGGAUCAGCAGUUGAAUGAAAUGAUGCAGACUCUUGGACUUAAAAAAUCCAAAAUCAAGAGGAAGUCCUUCAAAAUGCUGUUCAGACGAAAAAGUAGUAAAAAGGUCGCCGUGUUUUGAUUGUUCUACCCUGCUCUGGCGGGGGUAUGCAUUUUCCAAUGUGUCUGGAUCGUAUUUAAAUAAGGUUUAUAUUUUCAAGUGCGUCUGUACACCAACUUGUGUUCAUGCUGGUAUUGGAGUUUGUCUGUUGCUCAUCCUGAAAGAUCUGAAGGUCAAAGACCAACUUUUUUUCAGCUACUUAUCAGAUCAAGUUGGGGUUUCGUCGCAAAGUUUCAUUUAGAAAUGCUUUUUGUUUGAGAAGACUCCCGGCUUUCACUCUUCAUUUAGUGUUCAGUUGUUCUUGAGAUGGGUCUCAUGACACUUGACUGAUCAUAAGGUGCUGUUUUUGUCCCUUGUAAGGUGUGGUGUAUAUCUAAGAUCACAAUUUAGCUCAUGGUUUGCUUAACUUUAACUUUUUUUCCCCCCACACAUCUAGUUUGGGAUUGUUGUGAAGAGGUGUUCAAGAGUCACUGUUAGAAUGAGUCAAAUGCAAAAUGAUGUAACUGGUGUUGUGGCACCGGAUAAUGGUGAAGGAGAAUCCAUAUCACUGUGAUUUAAGAAGUUAGUAUCAAAAGAAGAGUGCCUUUGAGUGAUGUUUUUAGCUCCAGUAUGUCUAUUUUAAUACCAAUGUAUUUUAUUAUGCUUCCAAAAAGUAUGUUAUUACAAACAGUAACAUUUUGAGUGGAAUCUGUCUAGACCAGUGAAGUGGUGAGCAGCGUGUUCUACACUGCCACAUUUUAAAGGCUGUAUUUCUCCUGUCGUGCUGUAGGUGGCACCAUGGUUUUACCUUAUAGGAACCAGGCAGGAACCUGAAUCCAAUUCGCCACAGUACAGACAGUUAAUUUCUUUGCUAAUUUUAUAAAUGCUGCAAAAAGUUCCAACUCUGCUGAUGCAAUAACAUUGUGAAAGCUUACGUAGAGCAGUAGCUUAUGCACAGGAAAAGGCUUAUAGACUAGUGGUUGUAUUGAGCUUUUAAUCUUAAACCUGGUUUAAUUAAACAUACAUUAGUAUAGAAUGAUCUGCUGAAGCAUUGUUUUAAGUAAACAUUGUUGGCAUUUGGCGUCAUCUGUGAAACUGCUGUUUGAGGUAUGCACAGGUCCCAGUGUCUCGUGACUUUAAAAAAUUGGAAAGAAUGUUAAAUGAAUCUGUACAUGAUGUGUAUUUAUAUUUUUCAUUGAAAUGAGUUUGCUGUCCAAUAAAUAAUUUGAACAUCC